AUGGAGGAUGACCCGUUCCAAUUUUUCAAAAUUCCAUUCAAUGACAUGAACGAAGAUAACCAAAGCAGUCCAAUCGUGCAAGCAAACGACUCCGAGGACACACCGACACAAAGCAACGAGGACAACGAAGUUGGCGAACGAGAGAUGGAACAUCACAACAUCGCAGACGAACUUAAAAACCUUCCAAUAACCGUCUUGCAAAUUUCAAAAAAGACAGCGGCAAAUCAGGAGUUAAUCCGAGACCUACAACAUCGUAUUACACAACUGGAACGUGCUACCAAUCAACUCAUCAACACUAUUCGCAAGUCGGAUCGAGAACAGCACAAUCAACACGACAGCAUGCAGGAACGCCAUUACAAACCUUGCCGAAAUACCGUACCAACAACGUCCAAGACAUCCAAUUCAUGCGCAUUCUGCAACGGAAACCACGGGGCCUCCGAAUGCCCUACCUAUCCUACACUCACUGAAAGACGCCAGCAAUGCGGCAAAAGGAACAAAUGUGAACGUUGUCUCAAAACUGUGAACCACCUCGCUACGUCCUGUACAGUGAACAUCCAGUGCUUCUACUGCAGAAGAAACGGUAGAGAGCAACUUAUCAAGCGCCAUAAUUCUGCAUUUCGUCCUUAUCAAUUUCCGAUGUGA